UUAAAAUAGAAAAAUCUGAGAUAUGAGAUAAGUAAUCACCUUGUAAUAAGUAACAUGGUUACCCCGAAUAUUUAUCCUAUGAAGCCUUAUCCUUCUACAACACUCUGUUCACAAAUUAAUUAUCAAUCGACAGGAAUUGGACACAGUGAAUUUAAUUAUGGUUAUCAAGAUUCCAGUCAUAUUACAACGAAUAACAUCAUUAACAACAACGUUAAUAAUAGUAAUAGUAGUAAUUAUGAACAUGGGAACAAUAAUACCUUCACACAUUUCGACUUCCUAUUACAUAAUCCCCUGAAUGGUAGUCUAAUUAGUCAAUCACAACAACCCGCUUCGACAAAUGGUCCAGGUGUGUCAUUAUUUACAGAGAAUGAUAAUGGCAACAGGCCUCUCCCUCCUCUUCCUCCUCCUCCUACUACUACAACUACUACAACCGCGGCUGUAAGCUCUAAUUUCUCAAGAUGGAUAACAACAUCGUCAUCUGUUGGGUGUCUUUAUUCAUCAAAUGGUAAACUAUCAUUUGAAAAUCAUCAAGAAACUGAUGAAUUUAAACAAACUUUCCCAUUGUCAAACAACAACCACAACAACAAUGAUAAUAUUGAAACAUUGAAUGUACAACAGUCGAGUCAAAAUCAUGCCUAUUUAGAAAACAGUCUAUUGUUGACAGGUGUAUCGGAUUAUUCAACUACUUCUGAUUGUAUUGACAGACAUACAAGUCAUUUAAAAUCAAAGGAAAUCAAAGAAGUCACAAAGUCAGCUUAUACAACGUUGAAUGGUACAAAUCAGGAGGGAUCGUUAAUUCCUCUAAUUAAUCCAGCAGUUUGGAAUUCAACAAAUUGGAAACACUUGGCCGCAAUAGCACAGAAUUCAUGUCAGCAGACAAUCAACACGCCUUUAGCAUAUAAUCAAAUGUUAAUUACAUCUAAUAGUCAUAAUGAUAGAAGCAUGAAUAUGAAAGUGGACUCUGUGGAAGACAUGAUACAGUCAAAAACGUUAUUGUCGCAUCAGAUAUCGACACAGAACAACAAUCUACCCGUUUUACCUUCAGUCAACUAUCCAGCGGUAACCAACAGUCAGUUAUCUGGUUAUUUCACUAAGAAUUCUAAGCCUUCACCAGAUUUCAAUAAGAUCGCAUUACUACCAUCAUUGUUAGGCGAUCACUCAUACCCAUCGGCUUCGCUAACAUCACUUGACAAUUCUGAAUCAAUAUUUAAACGUAAUUUUAACUGUUAUGAGAAUAAUAUCUUUCAGUAUACCACCACCAGUAUCCCAACUAAUGUAACUAAUUCGGAGGUAAUUCAAGCACACAACAAUUUUACAUUGGAUGCUUCAUUUCGAAAUUUUCACCAGGAUUGUGAAAAACAAUUGCCCAAUGAUUUUAAUUCUGAAGAUACUAACAACAGUCAUCAAAACCGAAUAAAACUGUUAGAAAAUAAUCAUAGUCAAAGGUGUAUUGAAGACAUUUCAGUCAAUCUAAUGCUCAAUGAUCAAUGUUCAAUAGAUGUUUCGAAUUUUAUCGAAACAUCAAAUAAUCAUAGAGAAAUUGAUAAAGUUUCAGAUGAUUCUCAAUACAAGAUCCAUCCAGAUGAAUUGAUGCUACAAUCAUUAACUUCAAAAUAUGGAUCAGUAGUGAAUAAUGAUUUUUCAAAACCCCAUGUACCGUUCAGUUUUAAUCCGGCGCCAAUAAAUAAUCAUUUAUAUUAUAACACUAUGACAACGAAUUCAAACGAAUCAGACUCAUAUGAAGAUGAACUAUCUAUCAAUCCAUAUCAUGAUGGUAAUUUCAGCGUUAAAACUUCAAAUCACACUAAGAAUGAUAUCAGUAAACCUGUUAACUUAGAUAAUUCAGGCAUGACUAUUCAACAUUCAACAGGUAACACACUACAACCGAGUCCAGUAUUAUCAAAUUUAUGCUUAAGUAUUACAAAUCUACACGAGAAACGUAAACAAAGAAGAAUUCGUACAACAUUCACCAGUUUUCAAUUGAAAGAACUUGAAAAAGCCUUUCAAGAAACACAUUAUCCUGAUAUUUAUACUCGAGAAGAUUUGGCGCUGAGAAUCGAUCUUACUGAGGCUAGAGUUCAGGUUUGGUUUCAAAAUCGACGUGCCAAAUUCCGUAAAACUGAACGUGUUGUUCAACCUAACAACUCAACAACGCAGGCGACAACGACGCCAACAAUAACAGCCACACCACCAACAGCAACGUCAGGAGUAGUCACGUCAACUCUAUCGACUACAAAUAUAACGGCCCCAAAAACAACCUGCAUAAAUCACAUUGACGUAAACCUUCCCUCACCAACAAGAAUUCAACAUUUAACGCUGAAUAAUAAUAAUAAUUCAAUAUUUAAUGAAAAAUCCCAGUAUAUUCCUUCAACUGGUGAUCAGUACACUCCUACGCAUCAUAUGAAAAAUACUCAUAAUGAAGGUAUGCUACACCGAAAUGUUGACAGUCAAUUUCAACACUAUCAACCUCCAGAGCAUCUAGAAGAUGAGCGGAUUUAUUCACAAGAAACAAGUGAAAUGUAUAAUAAAGUAAAAGGGAAUGAAUUAAUCAAUACUACUGAAAAACACUAUCCCCCGCUGAUAGAUCCUUUUUAUUCAAUGAUAUCGAAACCGCCAAAUGUGCUUCAAAGUAUUCCAAGGAAUCCAGACAACAAGCUGUACGCCGAAUGGAAUAAUUCAGCAUCUGACUAUUUUAAAGAAAUCAACUACACAGACAAUCAUAGUAGUGGUAUACACCCGUUGUAUAAGUUAAGUCAAGCGUGUAGACAAGUUGACAGACUGUUGAUUGGUGAGGCACAGGAGGCAGUGAACACUUUCAACAGUAACAUUAAAAAGUCUUCAGGGAAACAACAGAAAUUAAUUGAAAGAAAAAGUAGAAAUUAUCAGUACUGA